UCCAAACGCAGCGUCCCAUGUGGUGCAACAUGGGCCCCAUCAUGCAGGAGCGCACGGCUUCCACCACACUGAAGCGCGUCGUUUCCAAGGAGAAGAUACGAGUUAAGAAUACUGAAAAUAGCGGGUCCCUUAUCAGCUCAAAGAAAUGUAACAAGACCACGAAAACAGCGAGCCAAAUGAAAAAUGGUCUCCCAGGACCAGGUCAGGAUAAGGACACAACAGUCGUGCAAAGGAGUGCUCAGUUUAAAGGUGGCAGGAUGAAGUCUGGCGCUUCACAGAAUGCCAGCAAAGUCUCAAGUCCUGAAGAGGAGGGAGAUUUAAGACCUCAACUUCGCAAACAGUCAUCUGCACACAGGAAAGAGGAAAAACGAGAAAAUCAACGGCUCUCACCGUGCGGCACUGAGCUCCUCCCAAAUCGUCAGGGGAUGGGAAAAAAUCGUCGAGCCCUCUCUCUGCCUAUUUCUCCUAUAUCAGGGCUACGGCACUCGCCAUCCCACCCCCUAUCGCAUUCCCCAGUCCCAACCCCAGAAGCUCUACAGCAGCACUACAAUCACAGAGAGGAAGACUCUGACAGUGCCAGCGAUCUGUCAGACUCUGAGCGUCUGCCUGUUCUGCCCUCGCCGUGUACCCCAUGCACCCCUCCUCACCUCAACCUUCGGGCGGAGAUCAUUAACACUAACGACUUCCUCCCGGACUUUCCAGGACCCCAUGGGGCGGUGGGGGAUGAAGAUGAGAGUGAGAAACCCACUUACAAUUACUCAGAUUUUCUGCCUCCUCCUUUUAACUGCUGGAGCCUAAGACAGCUGGCAGUGUUCCUUCACACAGAGGGUCGCGGUGCCCCUCGGCCUAAGCCUGUGGGACUCUUAGAGAAGUACCUGGAGAGGCUGCUGCAGCUAGAGUGGCUUCAAAUCCAAACCAUGCAAGCAGAGUGCAGCCGUCCCCCUGGGGGUCGCGCAAGGCCGCAGAACUUCCCUUCUUUCACAGCUGCUCACUCCGCCAGGCCUCACACAGCCCCAUCGUCCCGACUCAACUCCCCCAAAGGGCUACGGCACAGCUCACGAGCCUUCCCAUUUACACCUGUCAACAACCCUCCGUCGCCUGCCUCAGCCCAUCACCAGCUCUCCCGCUUUCCAGUUUGUCCGCACUGUAACAUUCGCUAUCCGCUCUGUAAUGGAAGCUGCUCUCCCUAUGCCUAUCAGCGCCACUCACGGCUUAGUCCAUUGCUUGAGCACAGAGCACAUCCAGGAGCUGCGGCGAAGAGGAGCAGCAGUGAGACCCGAGCCGCCUCUACUGAAGGUAGGAGCCCUGGAGCUCAAGGCGGGGGGGAAGGGGCUCGAACGCCAGUUACCCCCUCAGCUGGGAGGAGUCAUCUCAGGCACAUGCAGGCUUCAGGCAACGCCAGGAAAGAACACCAGGAAGCCGGCACUAACCAAAAAGGCAGAGGGCAGGUGAGGAAUAGCCGUGUCCGAGCCAACUCUGAGACAGAUGUGAAAAAAGAGCCCAGCGGGAUUAAAGGUGCAGCUGCAGAGAAACGGGGACAUGCUGGAAGCAAGAAAGAGCUCAUCGCUUCCAAGAGAGAUGAGAGGGACUGUCAGAGAGCAGAGCUGGGAGGUCAAGCCUCGAAAACUGCCAUGAAAAGAGCUGCUAAAGAUCCAGCGAGUCUUUCUAAAGCUCCACCUAGCAGCCACAGCAUUCCUAAACAAAAUGGCAAAACAAAAAAUGUGCACUUUGUUGCUAAGUAACCUCUAUAGGCCUGAAGUAUAGUGCUUUAGUUACUGGUUACUUGGUGAAGAUCUCUAAACCUAUGCUUACUUCGUGUAAAAUCUGUGUAAAACUAACAUGCUCUAACUCUUAUACUAGCAGGAUAAACAGCCUUUAAACAGUAGACAUGGUCCGUCACUCAGCAGCUAGUAGACAAUAGGAUAAUACAGGUGCAUCCGAAUAAAUUAUAAAAUCCCCAGAAAGUUUAUUUAUUUCACUAAUUCAAUUCUAAAAAUUUUACUUAUGUAGACUAAAUACACAAAUAUAUAUAAAUAUACAUAUAUAUUCCUGUGUCUCUGCUGGUGUGUUAAGGCAGCCCUUGUCAUAGCUUGUCUAUAUUGUCUGGUGUCUCUCAUCUUCCUCUUGAUAACAUCGUAUAGAUGCAGCUUCACACUCCUAUUAAUGCUGUGGCUAUCCCUGUGGGUUGGGCAACUUUUGCUACAAAAUUUUUUCCUUACACUUAAUUUUCCAUUGGCUACUCUCUGAACAGUCGGCUUCUUUAGCAGUGACCUUUUGUGGCUUAACCACACUGUGAAGGUGGUCCAUGACUUCCUGCUGGACAACUGUCUUCCCCAUGAUUGUGUAGUCCAUGAUAUCUGUUUUUAAAUCCUUUUUUAUCGGUAAUACUCAGAUUCUUUUCAGAAACUGAAUUUUGAGUUUUCAUUUGCUGUAAGCCAGUAUCAUCAAAGUUAACAGCAAUAAACAUUUUGAAAAUUUGACUCAGUGGGUCUUAAAUCUAUAUGGGUUUCACUUAUUUGAUCAGGUCACUAAAAUAAAUGAACUUCUCAAUGAUAUUCUAAUUUUAUUUAGAUGCAUGUGUAUUGGUGGCAUUUAUUUAACAUGUAGAAUUAAAUGCAUAAUGCUGAGCCCUCCAUAGACACAAGGCUCAGCAUAAACACGCAGACAGCUGGGAUUAUACUCUGAAUUUUAAUGCACUGCACUGACAUCCCUCAGUUCUCUACUAAUCAUAAAACAGAUAUGAAAUAAAUAAAAACAGAUACAAGCAUAAUACAUAAUGAUGUUUAACACCGGUCAUUACAUUUCAUAAAGUACUCAAGCAACUUUUGAUGCUUGAAUGUAUUAUUUUUAUUUUAUUGUCGUUUUUUUAUUUAUUUUGUGACUUGUGUUUUGAAAGUUUUAAGUGUAUUUUCAGCAGAAAUGGAGGCACUAAAUUGUCUUGUGAUCUGUUUGAGAUGUGCUGUUUUUUCCCCAUUCAGUUUUUUUUUUUUGUUACAAGGGCUUUUCAUCGUUGAACAGCUUGAAUUGUUAACUUGAUGUAUUUUGCAUAGAGCUCAACUCUUCUUGAAGGUGGUGGAUUGUUUGCUAUGAAUGUAAAUGUGUAUUUUUUCAGAAUUUCUACCAUAGUUAUAUUUAUGAGAAAUGAUGCUGUGGUCAACUUUUAUUUAUUUUUAUCAUCUAGAUGUUUACAUUGUCACAACAACAAAAAAUAAAAAAGAGAUUUUUUUGAAGAAGACCUGAAUGUAACUUCUCUGGCUUCUGCAGCCAUCCCAAGGAUUUGAAUGGAGGUUUGACACAUUGUGGCUGGUAGGCUGUAACUGGGUGAUGGUGUACAAAUCCCCUUCACAUUUCAUUGCAUUGUUAAUAUUACAGCGCUUUAUCUGUUUUAUAGUUUGAUUUAAAUGUUCAAAGCACUAAAUUAAUGUAAACGUGGUGUAUCCAGACUGCACUCAUUAAGUAUAUAUUUAUGUAAAAUGUCAAAGCCAUAGUGAAAGGGCCAGGACAGACAAAUAAUAUUAAUGUGUACACUAUACACUACGACGCACGCUGAAAGAUUGUGGUAUUUUUCUCAGUGUUGAAUGCAAGUAUUUGUAAGGCAUAGAAAUAAAUGUUUUGGACACAA